AUGAUGAAGCUUUUAGGUUUUAUGCAAGAAAACGAGGUCGUGUAUUCGUUCGGGAAGGUAACCGCCAUGCUUGAAAACAACAAAUACAUACUUGCAUCGCACGACACCAGUGUAGUUAUGUCUACAAAAACACAUCUUGAGGUCGGUGCAUGGAUCCGUGCUUAUGGAACAUUCGGAUCAGGUAUUCUACGAACAGUGUUUGUGGGAAGACUUACUGGUGUUGAUAUCAACUUGUUUGAGCGAGCUGUUGCAUGCAUACAUUCUCGCAUGUCUUGUGGUUCAUAA